AUGACCUCUGAAAAGGAGCAUUUCCUUCACUUUUUUGCUUCAGUGGUUUACAACAAACCUUUGAACAGUGAGAAUCCCUAUCAUUUCUGGACACGUGUUUCUAUAAAAGGCUUUUCUCUCUCUGGCACAAAGGCUAUCACAAUCAGCUAUCCUGAAUCAUCUCAACAAAACAUGAAAUCUGUUGGUGCAGGUGUUUCUUUAUUCAUUCUCUUCUCCCUUGCUGCCCUUUGGAAUACAGGAGCUCAAGACUCUUGUUCAAGCCAAUGUGGGAAGCUGCUUGGUACCUGUUCUUGCCAGGAGAUUUGCCAGUCCUUGGGGACUUGCUGUCCUGAUUAUAAUGAAUUUUGUCUUCAGAUUUCUCCAUACUCAGGAUCUCUGAUGGGAGGCAAAGACUUUUUGAUAGAAAAUACAGCCUUUAAUACUUCUGUGUUAAUGUGCAGAUUCAAGCAGCAAGUCAUAACCAGUGGCUAUGUUGAUAAGGAUGGAAAAGCCCACUGCCUCUCCCCAUUGCUGUAUGAAACUGGUUUCAUCCCCUUUGAAGUUUCUACAGAUGGCGGGCUGACAUUUCCAUACUCUGGAACUUGGUUAUCAGUACAUCACAGCAAGGUUUCGGGUGGAGAAAAAUGCACAUUGGUCAAUGAGACAAAAUGGCAAUACUAUGGCACUCCUGGCACCGAUGGAAACUUAACUCUUACCUGGACACACCAGGCACUUGCAGCAUCCCAUAUCAACAUAGAAGUCUGGGGGUACCAGGAAACAGGUGACAGUUACUCAGAAAACUGGCAUGCUGAAUGGAAAUAUCUUUAUACCUUGGCAAGAGAAGCUCCAAAUACAGGGACGUAUUCUUUCAUUCCUGUUCCUGCUGAAGCAAAUUACAAUACUUGGGACUUUGGAAUGUUGAGAAUUACACCCAGCACCUAUUCUGAUGGGCAAAGCAACACUCCAUCAGUCUGGAGCCCAGCACAUGCAUUGGCUUGGCACCUUGGGGAAGACUUCAGACACGAGCCAGCUGCAUGGGCAACUGCAAAAUGUAUAGAAUGGGACAGGAAGGAAGAAAAGCUUCCAAACUUCAUGGAAGAAAUUAUAGAUUGCCCUUGCACCUUGGCGCAGGCAAGAGCUGAUACUGGCAGGUUCCAUACAGAUUACGGCUGUGACAUUGAAAAGGGAAGUGUGUGUACUUACCACCCCGGUGCUGUGCAUUGUGUAAGGGCCGUUCAAGCCAGCCCCCAGUACGCAGCAGGACAGCAGUGCUGCUAUGACUCCACAGGGACCCAAAUCCUCACACAAGACUCCACAGGAGGCAGCACGCCUGAUCGAGGCCAUGACUGGGGUGCACCACCUUUCCUGAAGCCCCCCCGGAUACCUGCCUUUUCACAUUGGCUUUAUGAUGUUAUCAGCUUCUAUUACUGUUGCCUGUGGUCUGCUAAUUGUCACUUCUAUAUGAAAAACCGGCCCUCUAGUGACUGCAGGACGUAUCGCCCACCCCGAGCUGCAUCUGCCUUUGGGGAUCCUCACUUCCUCACAUUUGAUGGUCUGAACUUCACUUUCAAAGGACAAGGGGAGUACACAUUGGUAGAAUCUGAUCUCACAUCUCUAAAGGUGCAAGGGAGGACCCAGCAGGCACGCUUUCCCAAUGGAACUCAGGCUCAGGUGACAGGACUGUCUGCAGUGGCCAUGCAGGAGAACGACUCUGAUACGAUUGAAGUACGCUACUCAGAAGAUUUGAAGCUGGAGGUCCUGGUGAAUCAGAAGGUGGUCAACUUCUCUGAGCAAAGUUGGAUGGACCUGGAAGGUCUCUUCCUUCAUUCUGCGGCUGAUCAGAAAGUUACAGUGAUGUUCUCUUCUGGGUCUGGAGUGGAGAUCAGGGGAAGCGGAGGAUUUCUGACCCUGACAGUUCUGCUUCCAGAGAAUUUUAUGAAUCACACACAGGGGCUCUUUGGGGUGAUGAACGGUAACACACAGGAUGAGUUUACCUUCAAGAAUAAAACAAUCAUGUCGGUUCAUGCAAGUCCCCAGCAGUUGUUUGAGUUUGGAGCUAAUUGGGCUGUCGAAAAUGGAACUUCUCUCUUUACUUACGACACAGAGUUUUUAUUGAAUGAUUUUUUUUAUGGGGAAAAGCACAACGCCUCCUUCCUGCCAGUGUUCAUUCCUUAUGAAGACCCUGCUGACCCCUUAGUGGAGGAGAUGGUCUCCCUCUGUGACUCUGACCCAUUCUGCAGAUUUGAUGUCCUGACAACAAGAAGCCUUCAAGUGGGAAAUUUCACAAGACUGUCUCAUCAGAAUCACAAGCAGCUGGUAGAAGAUCUAGAGCCAGUGAUUUCUUGUGGCUGGCUGGAUCAUCCAACCAAUGGAAGGAAGGAUGGAACUAACUACCUGCUGGGCUCAGCCAUCCAUUUCAUCUGCAAUCAGGGCUAUGAACUCACUGGAUCAAAAGAAAGAAUCUGCCAAGUGACUGGGGCCUGGUCUGGGGACUCACCCAACUGCAUCUUAAGAUCAGAUAUUAAACAAUUAAUUAUUCUCGGCUGUAUAUUCGGAGUUUUUUGCAUUGCUGCUGUGACUCGUCUAAUUCUCCUAUACAGAAAAGAUAGACGCAGAGCCAAGCAGAAGCUUGUUUCAAAGGAUCCAGUGACACCUCAACAAGAAAGAGCAAAACUUCCAGAUGAGUUUUCCAUGACACGUGGAGAAAGCAUAGCAGAGGAAUAAAUUGUCCACAGCAGUAAUAGAAACAACAGUUGUACAUAGUAUGAGAUCAUUUAAUUUCUGCUUUCAAUAUAACGACUGUCCAAUUGCAUGGGAAAUGCUAACUAACUUCAUGGGAUUGUAUCAUGGCAGACUCAUCCUACUGUGUAUCAUAAAGAAACAAUAUUGCUCUCAAAGUUACAUGUAUAGGUUUCUUCUAUCAGUCACAUUUCAGACAACAGAACCAAAGUUUUGACAAAAUCAGAAGAGUUUGUGGUUUCUCUGUACUUUUCUUCCUCUUGCCUUUCACUUGCAAGCUGGUAAAAUGAAAAUAAUCCUAGCCUACCAUACUAGCCAUGAUCAGAGAAACACACACCUUCCCUGGGGCCCUUUGCAGCUGACUUAGAUAGGAAGGCUGCUCUGAAAGUAAUGCCUCCUGUUCCAUGAUGUUGGCCUAUGCCAUUAGAGGUGGAUGUUAGCAGAACAGCAGUAGGGAUUGAACCUUUGUAAGGCAACGGAAAGCAUAGCAAUGACAGUGGAUCAUCAAGGUCCCAGGCUACAGCAAGAGAAUAUUUGCUCAAAUGCAACAGCUGUAGGCACAAAAAUAAAGGAAAGA